AUGCGCCAUCGCGCUGUAAGGAGGGGCGUCCUAUCCAAUAUCUUAUUUUCACAGAACAGUCGCUAUUCACUGUUCGUACGGGAGGUUGUUGAGAUAGGCCAGUCUUUCAUUUACGAACUCACGAUGGACAAGAGGCUAUUUAACGUAGUUCAUCUCGGACUGGGGUUCAUGUUCGUCUUCACAGCCUUCCAGACACUAGGAAAUAUUGAGGCUUCCUGGUUCCCUUCUGGAGUUCUGGGCUACGAAGCAGUACUCCAGCUGCCCCCUUCUCGUCCGGCUUGUUGA